AUGGUGCUUCUUUCGUUACUGGCGGAAGUGCCAGCACCUCUGUACAUCCUCGCCAUUGGGCUUUGUACAGUCUAUGUCUACAUUACUUUCACCAAGAAUGCCGAACCAACGGCCGACGACGCAGCGGUUGAAGAAGUCACCAAAUCAAUUAUUGGGCAUGAAAGAGACUCAAAAGACCUGGAAGUGGCCAUCUCAACAAUCAAGAUACCAGCGAAAUCACCAAAGGAAGUAGCUCCACCACUGGAUCCUUCCCAGCAACCAGACGCUCCUGUUUCAGUCAAUUACUUCCCAUCACGAGUGUGCAACUAUGCGUGCAAGUUCUGCUUCCACACUGCAAUCACCUCUUUCAUGUUGGAUGGGGAGGAAACAAAACGUGGUCUAAAACUGCUGAAAGAAGCCGGUAUGCGCAAGCUCAAUAUUGCCGGAGGUGAACCAUUUCUUCACGCGAAAAAGAUCAGCGCCAUGUUGAAAUACUGCAAGGAAGACCUGGGAGUCGAAAGCAUCAGCAUUGUCAGCAAUGGAAGCAAGAUUACCGAGCAGUGGAUGAGUGAAAAUGCCAAAUGGUUGGAUAUUCUUGCCAUUUCGUGUGACUCAUUCAACCCGGCUACAAACAUCACAAUCGGACGCGGCGAAGAUGGAGAGAACGUGACACGACUGAGGGAAAUCGCCGCGUGGUGCAGGACCUACAAUGUCAAGUUCAAGCUCAACACUGUCGUCAACAAAUACAACUGGAACGAAGACAUGGUUGCCGAAAUCCAAGAGCUAGCGCCAUUCCGCUGGAAGGUUUUCCAAUGUCUCAUUGUCGCUGGCGAGAAUGAGAGUGAAGAAAGGUUACGAGAUGCAAGGGACUUCUUGGUGACUGACGAGCAAUGGCGUACAUUCUGCGAUCGUCAUAAGCACCUUCCCUGCUAUGUUCCGGAAGAUAACAACUCCAUGGCUAGCAGCUACUUGUUGCUUGACGAGUACAUGCGCUUCUUGGACAAGGGAGAGGGCAUGAUUAAACAGAGUGAGUCUCUUCUUAAGGUUGGCGUCAUGAAGGCUAUGGAGCAGGUGGUGUGGGAUAAGAAGUCAUUUGUUGAGCGCGGUGGAAUCUACGACUGGAGCAGGGAGGAUGGGAAGCAGAAGGAGAGUGAAAGCGCGUGUGGGACUAAGCUCGAUUUGAAGGCGCUGAAAUGGUAG